CACCAGAAGAGCUGGGAUUCUCCAUGACCAGUAGGGAUGGAAGGCAGUGGGCACUGGGGAGAGGAAACAAUAGGAUUGUCAGUUGGACAGUGGGGGCCAAUGUGUUUGCCUGGUGAGUCCUGUACUGGAAUUGGCAUUUCAGGAGAUGGAUGGGUGGCAUGACUUUGGAAAAAUCUUUACUAGACUGGACUGUGUUCUUCUUGCAGGUGCUGGUGACUACAUUGAGAUGACUGAAAAGUUCACCUUCGAUCCCAAGGCUGGUAUCGACAACCCGGCGCUGGUCAUCACGGAGGAAACAGAUGUGAACUUUGUCCCCUCUCCCCGGCGCUGCCGCCUGAAACGCUCCGACGAGGAAACUUUUGGCUUCUGCCUGCGUCUGGAGGAGGCUACUGAGGGUCAUGUGAUCAGACAGGUGGAGCCCUGGAGCCUCGCAGAACGCAGUGGACUCCAGGACGGAGACCGCGUGCUGGAGAUCAACGGGGUUUUUGUGGACCACCUGGAGCACAACAAGGUUGCACAAAGAAUCCAAGCAAGCGGACUUGUGGUGUCCCUCCUGGUACUGGCUGGACCAGACUAUGAACGGGCACGAGCGCUAGGAAUUGACCUGAGGCCUUUGGCAUGGAUGCAUGGACCUCACCUGGACCACAGAACUCCUCGACUUUGUUACAUCACAGCAGAUGUCAAUGCAAGCUUUGGUUUCAGCAUCCAACCCACAGAGGGUUUGAAGGAUAAGGUCAUUCUCAACACAACAGUCGAUGGACCAGCUGAAGCAGCAGGAGUUCAAAAUGGAGACAGACUGAUCUGGAUCGAUGGCACAGAUGUGUCCGACCUGACACGCUCAGCCCUGAACAAGAUGGUUCGCAAGUGCCACAAUCAUGUGACCUUGCUGGUGAUUGACAGUGCCAGUGAGGAGAGUUACACACGGAGAGGCAUCACUAUAGUGCCCGCAAUGGCAAAACCUAGCAACCUGCCCCACUUUCCACACAAGCUGUUCUUGACACAGGGACCAGAGGGUUAUGGCUUUCUGCUCCGUCAAGAGAGGACGUCUGCGGGGAGAAUAGCUCAUUUCCUUCAAGAAGUGGAUCAGGAAAGCCCAGCUGAGCAUGCUGGGAUGUGUGAUGGGGACCUUCUUCUGGCUGUGAAUGGAGAUCCAGUGGAAGGUGUGGAUCAUGAAGACAUAGUCGCCAAAAUCCGGGCAAGUGGCAGUCAGGUAACCCUAACUGUCAUUGAUUGCAAAGGCAGUGACUUCUACGCUCAGCUGCGCCUCUCUCCCCUUGCCUUCGUGGACCACUUGGAACUGAAGGAAGAAGAAAGCAGGGUGCAAGAAGAAGUGCCUACAUUCUGAGGAGCUCCACAUCCUCACAGCUUCAUCUGAAAGGUGCUAUGAUGAGGAUAGGUUUUGUAAUAGAUUGGAGGUGUGACUCAGUGGUCCAGUGAUUAGUGCUGCUGCCUCACAGCUCCAGCAGUCACAGUCUCAGUCCCAUCCUGGGCCCUGUCUGCAUGGAGUUUACAUGCCCUCCUCAUAUCUGUGUGCAUCUUCCCUUCAGGUACUCUGCUUCUCCAACCACAUUUCAAAAACACGUCUUAGGUGAAUUUUCAACUCUACAAUUGGGUCCAGUGUGGAAGUGCGUUUGUGUGUGGUACCCCAACUAGGGCUGCUACCUGCUUUAUGCCAUCAAGAUACCUACUGGAAAAUUUGAAACAGGAGACUCUGGUUAGAAAAUGGACAAAUGGACAGAUUUGUGUGGAAGAAAGGGUAGGCCACCAAGAUAAGUACAAGAGACCGAAAACUGGAGAAUCUAUUUAGAAAUGGACAAAUGGACAGAUUGGUGUGGAAGACAGGGAGGGCCACCAAGAUAAGUACAAGAGAUCUAAAACUGGAUAAUCUGGUUAGAAAUGGAUGAAUGGACAGAUUGGUGUGAAGGAGAGGUCCACUGUGGCAUGGAGUUUAGAAACUGGGGUUGGAGCUAUCUCAUAACCAAUACUGAAUUGUACUGAGACCAAAGAUACUUCAGAUUACAGUGCAUUGAAUAACAUUUACAGUGGUGUCCUAUCACUAUGAAGUCCUGCAGUAGGGAGGGACAAAAGU